ACAGUUUAGAAAUAUACCACACGCUGGCCAAGAGCAGGAACCUCAGACAUAUUGUGCUCUAGUGGACAAUGAGAGGAAGUCUCUAGUAGAGCUUAUAUUUACACAGAGCUUGACUAUUAAGUGCAAACUUUCACAAUGGACUCAGUGGAUCAUAAUCAGUCCCACAUGAGUGGUGUGGAGAAGGUGUCCAGCGGCUGGCAGAAACCCAGUCAUUCUAGGAGCAGCAGCACGGCAUCUUCACGCCACUCACGUCUGAACGUUAAAGACUGGGAGGUAAUGGACGAUUGUCCAGCAGACUUGACCAUAACUGCUGAAAACAUUCAGGAUGCAAAUACUCCAGGAAUCUGUGAGGGCUACUUGAUGAAAAGGAGAAAGUGGCCUCUUAAAGGCUGGCAUAAGAGAUACUUUGUAUUGGAUAAAGGGAUUCUACGAUAUACAAAAAAUCAACAUGAUUUUUCUAGAGGGAAAAUGCAUGGUUCACUGGAUGUCAGCCUUGCAGUUAUGUCCGUAAACAAAAAAGCGAGACGCAUAGAUCUGGAUGCUGGAGACAAUCUGUAUCAUUUGAAAGCCAAGAGUCAGGAUUUAUAUUUCAUAUGGGUCACCAAACUGAGCGCCCACAGGAUGUAUAAAAAGAACGAGGCUGCGCACGUUCACAAUGGCUAUCUCCAGGUCCUGUCCCAUACCAGUAAUUUAUCUCACAAAACCAGUCCCAUGCAGGACAUGGGCACAUCUGGGUCUUCUAUGGGUGAAAAUCUUCAAUAUGUAAGUCCUGCUGUUAAUGGGAAGGUGUCAGCUUGGCUUCAGACCCAAGAACCAGAUUUUUGUGGACAAGAGCUGACACGUUGUCAGAUGGAGCUGAAUGAGCUGCAACGGCUGGUUCAAAAGUUGAACUCUCUAGAGUCGGGGCAAACUGUCUAUAACGGAGACCUCCAGAGAAUGAUCAGCAUGCAGAAUCUUUCUCUUGACAAACCCAAAAAGAAAUCCGCCAAGAUUUUUGGUCACUCACGCACACUCUCCCGAGUUGAGGGUCUUGGAAUGUUAUCAUCAAGCCAGCUGAACAGUUCAUCCCUUUUGGGAACCUCUGUUCCCUCCAUUCCCGAUUAUGUCAGCACUCCGGCAAACUCGCCAGCCUCCACCUCACCAGAGAGCAAGAAACUCCACCAGGACAUCUGCUCGAUGUCACUGAAAGUUCAUGCCUCUCUGCGAACUGCACAUGAGGCUCUCGCUCAGGAGCGCCAGCGACUGCGGGACACCUGGUCCGGCAGAGACCUUCACCAGAACACCUCUGCCCAGCUCAACAACCUCUGCAGUCUAGCUGAGUUAGAUGUUAAUUCCCGUCAUACCAAAAUCCACAAACUCUCCAUAUCUUCCAACUCCUCGGACGACUCCUUCCGCACUGUGGAACAAAGGAAGUCUGUCUCCAGCCGCUGUUCUUCUUUCCGUGCACCAUCGAUUGCUGAUUCGGUGGCGGAGUAUUUUGACGCGUGUGAUGAGCUGAAGUGUGCUAGCUCCUCUGAAAUGUCUGAUGAGUCUGGUCUGAGUGAUGGAUCCAGUAAUUCAGAGCCCUAUGAGGCUCAUGCAAUGGCAUCUCGCAAAUAUCGAGCCAGCCUUUCGAAAGCAGCAGCAAAACCGAACACCAUCAAGAGCACUGGACGGCGCACGACUCUGCCUGCGGUUUGUCCUGACAACAGCCAUGUGGGUCUGAUGACGAUUCUUUACAACAACAUCGGGAAGGAUCUGUCCCGGGUCUCCAUGCCAGCAGCUCUGAAUGAGCCUGUGUGUUUGCUGCAGAGACUCUGUGAGGAGCUGGAAUAUUCAGACCUGCUGGACACUGCCAAUCACACUGAUGACCCCUUCCAGAGGAUGGUUUAUAUUGCUGCUUUUGCUAUAUCUGGCUAUGCCACGGCUCAGUUCCGCAACCGUUACAAACCAUUUAACCCAGUGCUGGGAGAGACUUUUGAGUGUAUCAGAGAAGACAGAGGAUUCUGGUAUAUUAGCGAACAGGUUUCCCAUCACCCACCUAUAUCUGCAUGCCAUGCAGACUCUGACAAUUUCAGCUUCUGGCAGGACCAGAGAUGGAAGAACAAAUUUUGGGGCAAAUCUUUGGAGAUCAUGCCAACCGGGAUGGUGAACGUGACUCUAAAAAAAUAUGGGGAUCACUAUGAGUGGAACAAAGUGGUGACGUGCAUUCACAAUGUCCUGAGUCAGCAGCGAUACCUCGAGCAUUAUGGGGAAGUCAUUAUUCAAAACCUAAACAGCUCCGUCUGCACCUGUAAGAUCACAUUUGUCAAGUCACGUUAUUGGGGUGCAGAUGCAGCCAGAAAUCAAGUGCAGGGUCAAGUUCUUGACCAGACUGGGAAUGUUAUUCAUCGGUUUGGUGGCUUUUGGCAUGAAGGAAUCUUCUGUGAGACACUACCCGUUCCACAGUGCAUCUGGAAGCCAAAUCCACAGCCAAAGAACUACUUGCUCUACUAUGGCUUCUCAAGCUUUGCAAUGGAAAUGAAUGAGCUGGUGCCUGAACUCAAGCCCCUGCUGCCCCCUACAGACACACGCCUGCGCCCUGACCAAAGGUUACUCGAAGAGGGGAAAGUAGAGGAGACUGAUAAAAAGAAGGAUGAGGUGGAGGAAAAGCAAAGAGAAAGGAGGAAAAUAAUGGCUAAGAGAGGAGAGGAGCACAUCCCUCGCUUCUUCAGGAAAUCUUUGGAUGCUGCUGGAAGGGAAGUUUGGCUGACUAAUGGGACAUACUGGAAGAUUAGAGAGAAUCCUGGAUUUGCCAAUGUUAAUAAUCUGGAGUUAUGGUGAAGGUUGAUCACAGCAACAUUGUGGACACUAGAUCCCUGUGAUAAGUCAAGUUUGCACAUAAAGACUAUACAAACAUUGGGAACUUUGGAAGCAAAGAUGAAUUGCCAAGGGUUUUUUUUGUAUUGAACCAAAUCCAUUGUGCGAGGAUGAUGCUUUUAUCGAAAACGGCAACGGGGAGGGAUGCAUUUUGAACAUUUCUAUUUAUUUCGUGAUCGAGGAUACAGAAACUUGGUGAUGGUUUGACCAUGAUUUUCAAUUUGGAUAAAAUAGAAGGCAAAAGGUAAUGGAGGAUGUUGUGGAGAUAUUUUUGAACAUUUCUAUGGAUGAUCUUACAUUACAUUUACAGUUGAUUGAAGUACUUAUGCACCAAUGGAUACUGGAUAAUUCGGGUAUAUAUAAUAUUCAGAGUUCUCCUUAACUACUUUCUUCUUCCUGUUAACAUACCCGUUUAUAAAAGGACUGCUAUUUCUCGUGCAAUGCCGUGGCUCAACCUGAGCAGGAUUUAGCAGUAAAUGGAUUAACUCUAAUUUUGGGCCCUCAUCGACUUGUACUGAAGGAGGCUGCUGAAAUGUGUCCUCGGUCACUCUUAGAUUCUGCAUCCUCUCCUUAUUUUUUUUUAAAUGAAACAUAUUUUGAGUUUAGAUAAUAUUUAUUGGCGUUUAAGCUCAGUUUUUGUCCUAUAUGAAAUGUGAUAUCAUAAAUGACCAUUUUGUGUAGGUUUGCUUGAAAACAAUCAGUGUAAAUGUGUAAUUAAUAAACUUUCCAGUCAUGACUUGCAUGGCUGAUUAAAACAAAUAAAAUGUACAACAUUAAAGACUA